GUGUGUGUGUGUGUGUGUGUGUGUGUGUGUGUGUGUGUGUGUGUGUGAUGUCGCUGACUCACAGGGAAAUUCCUGUGUGGUGGUGGAGGGAGGGAUCAAAUGGACACCCAAGUAUAAUUAGUGUAUGUGAGGACUGCAGCUCACAAGCAGCAGACCUGAGGCCCGAGGUGAUCAACGUAGAGCAGCUCCUGGGAGAAAGAGAGCUUGAUGGAAGCAGAUCCGCACCGACUGACUUAGUGCGCGCCACCUGUUGCCUUUACGGGACAUCACCAUGACUUCCGCUUCUCUUCCCGCAGCACUUUUCGCUCUGACCGUCGUCGUCCAUUUCUGUCCGUCGGGCUCGCUGGUCCUCCAGUCGGAAGUUCCUGCGGGCAUCCAACAGGGGGCAGAGUCCCCCAAGUGCGCCUCUUGCACUGUGGGCCAGGUGAGGAAGAACUCCAGCGAUAUGGUCGACGCGGUCAAGCGUCACAUCCUCAACAUGCUCCACCUGAGCACACGACCCAACCUGACGCAAACGCUUCCUCGCGCCGCGGUUCUCAACGCCAUCAAGAAACUGCACGUGGGCCGCGUGGCCAACGACGGCAGCGUGGACGUCCAAGUGGACGGGACCGACCCCGAGGCGCCUGCCGCCGCAGAGGUCAUCGCCUUUGCCGAACCCGGAGAGGCCGGGAACACCCUGACCUUCGACCUCUCCAAGGAAGGCGGUAAGGGGGCGUCGGUGGAGAAGGCCGACCUGUGGAUCUUCCUCAAGGUGUCGAGGGGAAGUCGGGCCAAAGGCAAGGUGAAGCUGCAGCUCCACCAGGCUGAGCAGGACGCGCCCGCCUCGGAGAAGAUGGCGGACACGCGUCGGAGCGGCUGGCACGUCCUGGCCGUGCCGCGCUGCGUUCAGUCCUCGCUGGACCGAGGCGACAGGCCGCUGCAUCUUCGGCUGUCCUGCCCGCUCUGCGCCGGGGCCGGCGCCACGCCGGUCCUGUCUUCCGCCGGCGGCGACCAAUCCCAUCGGCCCUUCCUAAUGGUGGCGCUGCGCGCCGGAGAGGAAGCGGCUCGGCGCCGGACGGCUCGCAGUUUGGAGUGCGACGGCAAAACGCGCACGUGCUGCAAACAGCAAUUCUACGUGAGUUUUCAGGACAUCGGCUGGAGCGACUGGAUUAUCGCGCCGUCCGGUUACCAUGCCAACUACUGCGAGGGAGACUGUCCCAACCACAUGGCGAGCGUCGGCGGCUCGGCGCUCUCCUUCCACACCGCCGUCAUCAACCAGUACCGCAUGAGGGGCUCCGGACCCUUCCAGAAUGUCAAGUCAUGUUGCGUGCCCACGCGGCUGCGCGCCAUGUCCAUGCUGUACUUCGACGACGAGCAGAUGAUCGUCAAAAAAGACAUACACGAUAUGAUUGUGGACCAGUGCGGCUGCUCGUGAAAACGCUCGCGCACUAAACCGAGCGGGUCAAACGUAGGAUUUGAUCAAGCCGCUCUUUUCCACAUUGGAAAGCAAGCAGGGAGUUCAUCAAAACUGAAAAAUAUGAUGUCAUUCAUUUGAUCCCUUUUCAUUUCGACUUUGUGUCAAAGUCUCGUCGGUGGACGGUUGAACGCUUGCAGACGACCGACUGGACGUUGCAGAGGAAGGAAGCCAAAGAUGGAACGUUGGCUUGUGAGGGAAUUUUCAAAACCCUUCACAUGGGAAUGAAGAGUGUUUUGGUGCAUGUCCACCGCCCCCCCCCCAC